AUGGCAGGCUGGAAUCAUACAGGAGUGAAGGAAUUCCUUCUGGUAGGUUUAACUGAAAAUCCCGACUGGCAGAUCCCUCUGUUUCUGCUUUUCUUUUUUAUUUACUUGAUUACUCUAGUAGGUAAUUGGGGGAUGAUCAUCUUGAUCAGGUUAAAUAUCCAGCUUCAUACGCCAAUGUACUUCUUUCUCAGCAACCUCUCCUUUUGUGAUAUUUGCUAUUCAACCGUCUUUGCUCCUAAGAUGCUGGUCAAUUUCCUGUCAAAACACAGAUCCAGCACCUUUCAUGGCUGUGUUCUCCAGAGUUUCUUUUUUGCAGUAUAUGUAACCACAGAGGGCAUCCUCCUGGCCAUGAUGGCUUAUGACCGGUAUGUGGCAAUAGCCAAUCCUUUAUUAUAUACCGUUAUAAUGACCCAAGGAGUUUGUAUUCAGAUGGUCCUUGCAUCUUACCUAGGGGGACUCAUUAACUCAUUGACACAUACCAUCGGUUUGCUCCGACUGGACUUCUGUGGUCCCAACAUUGUGAAUCACUAUUUCUGUGACAUCCCUCCACUUCUGAAGCUCUCCUGCUCAGAUGCCCAUAACAAUGAAAUGCUGCUUUUGAUAUUCUCUGGGGUCAUUGCAAUGUUCACUUUCAUUGUCAUCAUGGUCUCUUAUGUCCGCAUCUUCGUUGCAAUUCAGAGAAUCCGUUCAGCUGAAGGAAGACGCAAAGCCUUCUCCACUUGUGUCUCCCAUUUGACUGCAGUGACUUUAUUCUAUGGAUCGGUGACUUUCAGUUACAUCCAGCCCAGUUCCCAAUAUUCCCUGGAACAGGAGAAGGUCUCUGCUGUGUUUUAUACAUUGGUUAUUCCCAUGCUAAACCCACUGAUUUAUAGUCUGAGGAAUAAGGAUGUUAAGGAUGCAGCAAGAAGGACAAUAAGGUGGAAGACAACUUCCAUGUGA